UUUGACUCAAGCUAAAUGACGCCUCUACGGGCAAGCUGCAUGCUAGCUGAGCCAUCCUGGGGGUUCUCUUCACAAUAAGAUGCCGACUCAGUGUGAGGCUUUGUUGUGGUCAUUACGACGAUAAGAGCUACAAAUGAUCGUUUAUGGACGAAUUGUGAUCGCUCUGUCGUUUGCGUAGAUUAUCAGUAAAAAGCCGAAAUAAACAAACAAAUCAGUUGUUCUUCUGCAGUUGACGUUUGUCGCCUAGCAUCAAACAAAUGCUCAGCCUUGUUACUGACGUCCACAUUUGAUUGAAAUUGCAAUUGAGUCCUUAUUUAUAUGCGAUUUGGACUGGUCAAAUUUAUCCGUAGAUCACCACCACCGAACAAUGUUUAUUUACCAUUUUACCUGAUCAAUGUUACAAUGUUUAACAAUUGAUGUCGAUAGCUCGCAUAUCAAUGACAAGGGAGGACGGGGAAAGGGGAGUACAUUGUCAAUGGUAUUCGUUGAUAAGCCAGUUGUACUUCAUAGAUUAUUGUGCAAAAUAACGACACGAAGUCAGAAUGCUCUUAUUGGAGAUCCUAUCGUGUGAUUGAUAUCGCGCGGUGUAAAACGUUUUAUUUUGAAGCAGCAACUUCCGGCGAGUUUGUUCACUCCUCUAGAGAUGUUUUGAAUAGAGCUGCUGAGCACUGCGGUGUUUGUCGUCCUCACGGCUUCGUCACCUCAAACAUUUCAACGACCAGUCCAUCGCUCGACGUUCCACCUGACGCCCAUUCGCUAUUUUUAUUGUAUUUUUCCACCCAAAGCUGAGAGGAUUUGACCCGAAAAUGAGCAGUAAGCGGCGGUCUGCAGGGAGGCGAUAAGACUGGGAGGGGAGAUGCCCUUGACUGUGGGGGGAGGAGAGGGGGAGGCAAGUGUAACAGUGUGAUCCCGUUGGCAGGGCAGGCGGGGAUGCAGCAUCUCUGCAGCCUCCGCAGGCUCACUUCAUCCCAGCAGCAGCAGCAGCCCAGCGGAGGACGAGGACGAGGACGAACGUCAGCCCGGUUCUGGGGCUGCUGCCGGACCCGAUAGGAGGCCCCUGUCCAGGUGGCAGGACAUAAAGAAAGGCUCAGAUAAGCUCUCCUCAUAGCUGACAUCAUGGCCAGCAGCCUGUAAAGAGCCCUAGACUCGCAUCCGGAGGACACAAUAAUGACAGAGCAGGAGGAGGCUGAGUUGUCCGUGUCCCUUCACAAGGAGGACGGGCUGUCCAGCGAGACAGAGGAGCCAGAGGAGAGCUCGGAGUUCAUCCAGCUGCCUGCCAAUGUGGACGCCGGCGACGCCGCCUCCAGGACUGACUACCUGCCCAAGGCAGGCAAGUCGGCGUUGAACCGGCCCGGCUCGUAUGCGGAGACGUCGGCGGUGCUGCGUGGCAAGAAGGUGGUGAGGAGGAAGCCCGCGGGCUACUUGUCCUCCGGGCUGGCUAGGCUGGGCGUGCCCAGCAGGAAGUACUUGGCGCUCAUCCUGCAGGACUCCCGCUGCUUCCUGUUCUGCAUGUGCUACCUGACCUUCAUCCAGUCCCUAAUGGUGUCGGGCUACCUCAGCAGCGUCAUCACCACAAUCGAGAAGCGCUAUAGCCUGAGGAGCUCGGAGUCGGGCCUCCUGGUCAGCUGCUUCGACAUCGGCAGCCUUCUGGUGGUCGUCUUCAUCAGCUAUUUUGGUGGCCGGGGCCAGAGGCCUCGCUGGCUGGCUGUGGGCGGGGUCUUCAUCGCCGUAGGCGCCGCCCUUUUCUCCUUACCUCACUUCAUCUCCCCACCCUACCAGAUCCAGGAGGUCAACUCGUCCUCGGCCAAUGAGGGUCUGUGCAUGAACAGCAAUGCCAGCGGCAGGGACCGCGUGGAUAUCACUUCCUGUCCCAGGGACCAGGAGGGCAACGAGCACAACCUCUACGUGGCGCUGUUCAUCAUCGCCCAGAUUCUGGUCGGAAUGGGUUCCACGCCUAUCUACACGUUAGGCCCCACCUACCUGGAUGACAACGUCAAGAAGGAGAACGCCUCACUUUAUCUAGCCAUCAUGUACGUGAUGGGCGCUCUGGGCCCGGCUGCCGGCUACCUUCUGGGGGGCGUCCUCAUUGGCUUCUACGUGGACCCCAAGACCGUGGUCAACAUUGACCAGAGUGACCCUCGUUUCAUCGGAAACUGGUGGAGCGGCUUCCUGCUGUGCGCCGUGGCCAUGCUGCUGGUCAUCUUUCCGAUGUUCACCUUCCCCAAGAAGCUGCCCCCCCGACACAAGAAGAAGAAGCGGAGGAAAAAGCUAAGCUUGGACGAGCUGUCCAGUGACGACGAUGUCCUGAAGGAGAAGAGCAACAAUGGCAAGAACCAAGCGGUCACCUCGUCCAUGGGCUUUGGGAAGGACAUCAAAGACCUUCCAAAGGCGGCUGUGAGGAUCCUGAGCAACGUUACGUUUUUGUUUGUCAGUCUGUCCUACACGGCCGAGAGCGCCAUCGUCACCGCCUUCAUCACGUUCAUCCCCAAGUUCAUCGAGUCGCAGUUUGGCAUCCCCGCUUCCAGCGCCAGCAUCUACACAGGUGUGAUCAUCGUGCCGAGCGCAGGCGUGGGCAUUGUGCUGGGCGGCUACAUCAUCAAGAAGCUCAAACUGGGGGCUCGCGAGUCAGCCAAGCUCGCCAUGAUCUGCAGCGGCGUGUCUCUGCUCUGCUUCUCCACGCUGUUCAUCGUGGGCUGUGAGAGCAUCAACCUGGGUGGGAUCAACAUACCGUACACCACCGGGCCGACGCUGACCAUGACGCAAAGGAACCUGACGGGAGGUUGCAACGUCAACUGCGGCUGUAGAAUCCACGAGUACGCUCCGGUUUGUGGCUCUGACGGGAUCACCUACUUCAACCCCUGCCUGGCCGGUUGCAGCAGUGUCGCUAACGACAGCAGCGGCAUCCGCAACUACUCGGACUGCGCCUGCGUCCAGAGCCGCCAGGUCAUCACACCGUCGUCCAGCGGGCCGGGUAGCAACCAGCUGCAGCUGGUCAUCGUCAAGACGUACCUUAACGAGAACGGAUACGCCGUGUCGGGGAAGUGCGACCGCACCUGCAGCACCCUCAUUCCCUUCCUCAUAUUCCUCUUCAUCGUCACGCUCAUCACCGCCUGCGCUCAGCCCUCCGCCAUCAUCGUAACACUCAGGUCAGUCGCUGAGCAGGAGAGGCCGUUUGCUUUGGGGAUGCAGUUUGUUCUCCUCAGGACUCUCGCCUACAUCCCAACCCCCAUUUACUUUGGCGCUGUGAUUGACACGACAUGCAUGUUGUGGCAGCAGGACUGCGGCGUGCAUGGCUCCUGUUGGGAGUACGACGUGACGUCACUGCGCUUCGUCUACUUCGGCCUGGCCGCCAGCCUCAAGUUCCUGGGCUUGCUCUUCAUCUUCCUCACAUGGUACUCCAUCAAGUACAAGGAGGAGCGCGUGGAGCGCUGGCUGAAGCGCCACCUGUCACCCGUCGAUACAGUGGGCAGUCUGGUGUGUCACCCGGGGGGCCACAAGGGCCACGCCCGCACGCGUUCCUGCCCCGUCAACAUCCCCAGGAGCGACCACGCCAUUCCCCCCGCUGGCGUGCCUCAGCGCACGGGCGCCCUCAACCGUGUCGUCAGCACCCAGAGUUGCCCGGGCAACGAGCUGAAAGCAAUAACCCCGCCCACUCCCGCCGCAGCUGUGGUGUCACCGCCAGCGCCAGCCCGCUCUCUGGAGCAAGUCUCAGUCCGGGUCUGACUUUCAUUUUUAAGACUCGGACCUGAAGCCAAUCAACCGCGGUGGCCGUUACCAACCACGGCGAGGAAGCUUGCUGAUCAGACGCCAGCGUCAGUGGACAAGGACUCAUGUUGGACUACGGAGACGCGUGAUGGGCCGCCGCUUCAUGAGCCACCAAGGCGUGCGUCCAUUGCUCUUGAUACUCCGCCCCCUUAAACUGGGCUCCAUGUGCCUUGUGUCACCUCACAGCACCGCACCCGCUCAGGUGUGCCGUGGCCCCGCCUACACAUACCUCAGUUCACACUGACCGCCCUCCUCACCUCACCCUCCUUUCCCUGGUGCGCUUGAUUCCCUCACCUUGAAGGCUGGUGUGUUCAUGUGACCAAUGGCCCGCUGCGUGACAAUGCUUGGUGGCCAUUUUGAAGACCCCUAACUGGCAAUGAAGCCCCACCCUCCUGCCUGACCCUAUGACAUAAUGAAGGAAAGUGCGUUCCAUAUCCAUACAAUGCUCCCAUACACCUACCACCCCCCCACAUGCAUACCGAGAUUAACGGUUUAACAUGGAGAAAAAAAGCCAGCACAGGCUGGGGGGUGGGGGGGUGUUGAUCAAGCAACCACUAGUAGAUCAGCUGAUGGAGGGAAGGCUAGCUUCCUCAAUGAUUGAUCACGUGAUCACGUGUAGUUAGCUCAACAAUCCAAAGAAGUCAUUGGCUUCUCGCUGAUGAAAAAUGUGAAUGUUUUUACUGGCGUUCCUCUCCAUUCUCUUUGCGUCACUCCCUGUCAUCGUCACGGACACGCACUCUUUACUAACUCUAGCUCCCUCGGUCAGCAUCACAGGGGGCCACUGAGUCACAUGACUCCAGAGGCGUCAAAUCGGUGCUGUAACAUUUUGGCUCGGUGCACCUCUACGCACCCGCUUCAACGCACAUUGAUUGGUCCACGGGUGUGGGUCCGCGCCAUGAUGUCACGUGAGUGCAUUGGAUUUGUUGAUGUCACCUGAAGCACUCAAGUCAGUUGUGGUCUUCUGGUGACACCUGCUGGUGACAUUUAGAACUGCAGUUGUAACUAACGCAGCAAAGUAAAAGCUAUGUCUCAAAUGGAAUACUUGCAUCAGUGCACCUCAAUACGUUUACUGCGUGCAAUGUGUACUCAUUUAAUGAUUAUUCCUUUUUAACAGUCCGCACCACCCUGUUCCGGUACGUAGCAAAGUGGCGUCUAUUGAGGGUGAAAAACGUCAUUACGAAAUACUCACACUGCUCGUUUUGAGUGCAACAUCCGGGUACUGAGAAUGUAAUGCAUUUUAACGUACUUGUGUAUUGACUUAAGUGCACCAAUUGAGACACAGCCAACGACUUAAAUGUCACGAUUUGGUGAAAGUGGAGAAGAUUGUCCAAGCAUCUACUUGUAAAAUGAGUAAGCCUGAUACAUCAAGUCCCUUCCGCAACGAGCCGGUGUCAUGUGACCAGCAGGUUGUGUUGAACAUGGAGGCUACCAGCAGCUUAAGAAUCAACCUUUUUUUAUUAUCUGUAUAGUUUCUUUUACAAAGUCAUGACCUUUGUCAGUAAAAUGUGAAGAAAGAAUAAAGCGGUGUUCCCAUUGUCUUCAUGAUGUCCUCAGACCAGCCACACUUGGAGCUCCUGCAUAAACCAACUUCACAGCUCCCAUGGUGACCUCUGACACUUAUUUUGAAAGGCUUAAUUCCGCUCAAAUGUUCAUGUUGUGUUUUGGGGGUCUGCCGCAGGUUGUGCGGAGGAGAAUAUCACACUGGCCUCAGCGUCUUCCCUUCUUCAUGCAGAGCAAACUCCUCCAGGAGCUUAUAUCAAGUAAGCAAACAUUCAUUUAGGAAUUUGAUUCCAUUAGCGUCCUCUGGUGCCUGUUGAUAUCAACAAAGGUUGUCGUGUGCACAUUUGGGACAUUAAAUGUCCCAAAGUGUAAGGCGGUUUUCCCUUUAAAUGUUCUCUCGGGACAUCCUGACAGGAAGACUAAAGCACGUACUCGUCAGUAAAUGUCCUAAGAUGCAUCAGUGAGAACUUAAAAACAGUCCUUGUUUGUCGUCCAGGUCCUCGUCGGUGUCUGAAAGCACACGGUUAGCACAUGUGAGCUCAUAGUACAUGUGUGCUCACCCAACGUGCACGAGGGGCUGCUGACCUGCCACGGACU